UGUGUGGUCGUGGCAAUUUUUACUAUAGUCACCCGACGAUCAUCAAAUACUUCAGUAGUAAACACAACUCUAGUCGUGAAAGCACCUAACCGACGCUCUUGGAAUUAUACUUACGGAUCGUAUUCUAUAUUCAUCACAACAGCGUGACAAUAUUAUUUCUCCUCUAAAUUCAACAUGAAUCUACCUCGGAAGCUGACAAGUCAGUUUGCCGAAAUUUGCUCCAUGAACGUUAAAAACAUGGGACGAACAACAGCUGAUCGCAACGGAAAGCAGCGAGAAUCAUUUGAGAAGACGUACAGCAUCGGUUCUUUGAUUGGAAGCGGUGGAUUUGGUACAGUCUACGCAGGGUCUAGGAUAUCUGACAAUUUGCCGGUCGCAAUCAAGUUGGUGAAUAAAGAGAAAGUCAACGACUGGGUGCAGCUCAAUGGCAGAGAAGUUCCACUCGAGGUUAGCCUUCUGAAGCGUGUUUCUUCAAUCCAUGGCUGUAUUAGUAUGUUGGACUAUUUCGAACAACCCGACAGUUUUGUGAUUGUUAUGGAAAGGCCUGAUCCUGCCAAAGAUCUAUUCGACUUCAUCACUGAGCAAGGACCUUUACCAGAAGAACUUUGUCGUCGAUUCUUCAAGCAAAUUGUGGAAACUACAAGCCGCUGCCAUGAGGCUGGUGUAGUACAUAGAGACUUGAAAGAUGAAAAUGUAUUGGUUGACCUGAAAACUGGACAUCUUAAAAUCAUAGACUUUGGCUCUGGUGCUUUCCUUAAGGAUACAGUCUACAAAGAUUUUGAUGGCACUAGAGUGUACAGCCCACCUGAAUGGAUUACGUCACACAGAUACCAUGGACGCUCAGCUACAAUCUGGUCACUUGGAAUCUUACUCUUCGAUAUGGCUUGUGGUGACAUUCCUUUUGAAAAAGACGAUGAAAUCUGCAGAGCUGAACUCUAUUUCCGCGACGGUUUGUCACAUUCGCUGAAAAAUCUGAUCCAGUCGAUGCUCCAGGUGAAACCCCAGCACAGAUUGAAGAUUGAGGACAUUCUUGAUCAUCCCUGGAUGAGGGAGGGUCAAACAGACAAUGGUGGCCAAAAGAUCAUCUGCACUGGACAUUCUAUGAAUAGCUUGGACAAUAGCCCAUACAGCAGCACCAACUCUAGCCAUGAGGACAUCCACAAGGCACAGACAUGCCAAUGCACAGUAUCGCACCCCUCAAACUGUUUCAUUCACAAUCGUGCAAGUGAUGUUGUUUCACAGACAUUAUCCAGUGUCAAAUUACUCUCAAACUCACAAGAUUCUGAUUCAUCAGACUCUGGUAUUGAGGAUGGAGAAGUUAGAGACUGUUUGUUCGUCCCUAUAGCCCAACACAGCUAACAAACCUUGUUAUGCAUCAUCCUACCAUGGACUCCUGCAACGCACAAUUGGAGUAACCUUCCAAAUGUGUCGUUUUAUUUAUCGCGUAUUCUGCCAUUACAGAUGCGGUGCUAGUGGCUGUGUUGUGGUCGCGUUUUAUCAAGUGCAAUAUUUCCCUGUUUUUGCUAAGUGAUGUCAUGUUGUCGUAUUUUAAAGGGGCAGCAAAGUAUUAAGGUGUGAAUAUUUUGAGAUAAAAAGAUGCUGGUUAUUUAUUUAUAUAUAACCUCGUUGAGGCUUGUUCAUUAGGUGAAGAAAUAACUUGAAAACAUUAAAACCCAGUGUGUGAUAUUAAAUUUGCUGCCUCUUGCUGCAAAUGUGAGAUUGUCCUAUUGAAUGAAUGUAUAAUACCCCAUUGAAGAAGGGUGUGACAUGGUCGAUUUGCACAUGUUAGGUGCAAGCAUUUUGCAAGGGAUAGCAAAGUAUUUUGUACCUUAAAAUGUGCCAAUUCCCUUAAGAAUUUUAUAAGCUUGUUUGCUAAAAUGCAAUAAAUACCAGCAACUCUUUGCAGUUGCCUUGUGAGUAUGAUAUUUACAAAUUUGUCCUAUUUCAACAUGUAUGUCACAUCCUUCAUGCCCUAUUUAAUAAAUCUAUAUAUUGUUGCAAACCAAAUAAUGACAUUUGUAUGUGACUUUACGCCACUUCGAUAUCAGUUGCAUUCAAUAGUUCUACUUAAAAUCAAAUUUUGCAAUUUAAAAGUUGCCCAUUUAAUCUCAACAUCUUUUCCAGUUUUAACAGCAAUUUAAUUAUCAGCCCUGCAUUAUUAUUCAUUGAAAAUUAUGUAUUGAAAAGGAAUUCAUGUUGCAAUAACACAUGAAUUUUAUUUCAACAUUUUGACUGAAAGUAUAUUAGUAUUUUUAAAAAUCAGAUGUAUGGAUUAUUACUUUUAUUUGGGAAUCUAACAUAUUCUUGGGCUGGAUAUGUGAAUUACUGGAAUAGAUACAUACAUUACAUACAUUUAUGAAUCAACAGUAUGGAAAAUGUUGAUCCUUUUCUCUUCUGUGAAGUUUUUAAAUUGCCAUCAUUGAUUUUCAUUUCUCAUUUUGUUUUGAGGUUGGUGUCAAUUCUGGUCCGAUAGUAUAUAAUAAUUAAAAAUUUAAAUUUGAUGUUUAAUUUUUGAAUUUGAAUUUUGAAUUUCAAUUCUUAAUUGCAAUCUUUAUUUGCUCAGGUUUGGAAAAAAUGAAAUUUAAAAUGAAUUUGCGAAUUUCUAUAUUGGAAUUUUCAAGUGCUUGAAGAGAUAUCUAGUUAUUCAGAAGUUACCAAGAAAUGUCUGUACUUGAAGUUAUGGUUAAUAUGGUGCAUUUCCCUUAUUAUAUUGAAGCCAACAACACAAUUAAAGACAUUUCUAACCCCCUGAUCCUUCCAGUAAUGUUGAAAAAUUUCAAUUCAAAGUCCACCGUUGUGCCUGAAUCAUUUUAAGCGGUGACCAAAAAUUAGGCAUAGGUCAAUAUAUAUAUGUGUCUUUAUUUCUCUUGUUUAAAUGUUUGUGUGAAAAAACUGAAGUUGUCUUUUGACAUGUCCUAUUUAUUUGUCAUCACUCAGAUACCUCAGUACCCGAAGAUUGUUGAAUUUAGUAAUAUAUUGUUCCUCAUGAAUUUUGAUGUGGGAUUAUACGUUCAUUUUGUUAUUAAUUUAAUUGAAUUUUUGUAAAUAACAGAUAUGUAUUUUUUAUAUUGUGGAAAAAAAGAAAAAAAACUUGCAAUAAAAAUAUCAAUUAAACGGUUUGCCAGUUGGCACAAUGAAAACUUA